ACCAUUUCUCUUCUUGGACCCUCGCGGCCUCUCCGCUUUUUGACAAGAGCACCCUCCGCUCACAGGAAAUCCGGAGACCCCACUUCCUCACGCUGCUCCACCGCCGUAGCCGCCAUGGCCGACCGCCUCGUCCUGCUCGUCCUCGUCGUCGCCGCCGCAUCCCCCACCGUAGCCUCCCCAGUGGCCGCCGCGCGUCCCUGCAACACCCUCUUCAUCUCCUCCCACUCGGCCAACGCUAACCCCAGCAACGACCCCGACCACCGCUCCCCCAUCACCACGACGGUCAUCACCGUCUUCCGCAUCCGCCGCUUCGGCCCCCACUUCCUCCGCACCCAAGGCCACGCGCAUCCCCACCUCAACCAGCACCACCACCACCACCACCUACACUCCAUCCCCGCCAACAUCCAGAUCCGCCGCCCCGAGCUCCCAGAGCCUCCCCACUCUGCGGCCGGCGUUGCCGCGAGCAUCCAGGAGCGCGUCAAGGACAUCCUCGUGGUCCUCGUCGGGAUCCUCUUCGGUCUCGGCUGCGGCGCGCUCACCGCUGCCUCCAUGUACCUCGUGUGGUCCGUAAUCGCCGGCCCCGGCGCGUCCUCCCACUACGACGAGCUCUACGGCGACGAGGCGUCCGACUCCGAGAGCCCCAAGAAGGUUGGCUAUGUCAUCAUCCCCGGCGUCGAGGCCUACGACGGUGGUAAGAACUAGAUUCUAGGGUUUCCCUUUCCCAGGAGUGGCAAGUUCCAUGAUAUGCCCGUGUGCUGCUGUUUGUGUGUUGCGUAAUAAUCCGUAAAAUGCCUCUGUGAUAUGUAGUUGGGCCGUAGUAGUGUUGUGCCCUCCAUGUGAAUACGCUCUUGAUGCGCACUUAUGCUGUGAGUGUGCUUCAUUUCUAGUAAUGAACUUAUGGAUGAAUGUCCUGAAAUGUUAUAAGUAUUCUGAAAUUCAUAAUGUUUGCUCUGUUGCUAA